CGCGCGUUUCCCUCCGCUUACUGUGACUCUUGUUGGAGUUGCGUUUCACAGGACGUGGUUUCUCUAUAAAAGCCGAUCUCGCUCCCCUCUAUCCGAAUUCUAGCUAGAAUCCCAAUUCCACCACCAAACCAGCCCUCACCGCGGCCCAUACAACAAACAGCCCCAGCACCAGCACCAGUCCCAGCCCUAACAAUAACAAGAUGUCAUCUCCAUUCCCACCGCGCACCUGGACGCGGGAGGCGUCCGGAAUAACAUACACCAUCUCGACCGACCCCUCCCUCAUCCAGCUAGACGCCGUCAACGCAGCCUUCGCCACCGACAUGAUCUACUGGGCUAAACCGCUCCCGCCAGACGCCCUGCAGCGCUGUGUCGAGCAGUCUCUCUGUUUCGGGCUCUACACCCCGCGAGACGACAACCACCCAGAAAUGGUCGGCUUCGCCCGCCUGAUAACCGACCACACCACCUUCGGCUACCUGACCGACGUGUACAUCCUCCCGCCCCACCAGGGCCGCGGGCUGGGCAAGUGGCUGCUGCGGUGCCUGGACGAGGUGGUGCGGGCGUGGCCCGACCUGCGGCGGUGCCUGCUGCUGACGCGCGACGCGGCGGCCGUGCGCAUGUACCGCGAGGCGUUUGGGGCGAGGGAGCUGCGGUCGCGUGGGGAGGGGGUGGAAGGAGAAGGGGGAGGUGGUGGGGGUGGUGCUUUGUUUAUUUUGGAGAGGGUGGGAGGUGGAGGGGUUUUUACGGGGGAGGAGGGUCUGGUUGGGAAGGAUGGGGGUGCGGUGGUGGGGAGCGAGGAGUAGUAAGCAGUAAGUAGUGAGGAGCAAGGGGGGAGGACAGAA